AUGGGUGGUCCAACAGAUGACGACAUUGCCUCACCACCGCCUGAGGAUGGUGUUGAGAGAACUGAUGUCGAGAGAAUCGAAGGCCAUGAGAAGAAUGCCGAAGCGGUCAUUUCAUCGGAUCAAGAUAGUGCAGAGGCCCAUACUGGCUUAAACGCUGUGGAUAACGCUGUUGUCCCUAUCGAUAGAGUUUUCGUGGUUACGGUUGCUCCGUCCCGCACUCCACCCCCCAACAAAAGAAGCGAAGAGAACUAUCGCACACAUCACAGGUACCCAAUAUACCGGGAAUCCCCAUGGAUGAACCCUUCCUCGGCUCGGCGGCGUAUUCCUCGAACACAAAGAUUGAUCUACGAGCCUUGGGCUGGUAUAGUCUCUGAGCAACAAGUGGUCGCUGAGGUCCGAGGCGUAUUCGCCGGCUUGGGCAUGCUCGAGUCCAAAUGCAAAGAAGUAGACACCAAAGAUACCAUGUACCCACAUGGUGUCAUGGAUUUCCUGGAAGUAAUGCCCGAUUCUACUUUAGUGUGGCUUCAACGUAACGGCAUCGAUCCGGCGGAAGUCCUUUUCGACGCUAUGACGGCUUGGUUGGACAACAUGAACGAAUAUGUACAGGAAGGAGGCCAGCAGCUUUCAUGUCCGAAAGUAAUCGCAAAUUCGGCUGCUGUUUUUAACGCAGUCCCCCUAGAGUCGGCAGCUCUCAAGGAAGCCAACGCUCAACCGGCCAACCAUGCUUCCACUGAUGACGCUCUCCAGACUGGUUGCAGUGUCACUGUUGAUACACGCGACCCAGGUUUCUGCGCCGUGCCCAUUCCCGCGCUAAAGGAAGAUUCAACUAGUAUUCUCAUCGCCAAAGAGUAUCUACCCGCAUUCUUGGUGGCUCAAGAAUUGUGGGCCGAAGAAGUUGGGUCACCCGACUACGAUAGUCUAGUCUCAACCACUACGAGAUUGAUUGGCCAACAAGGUCGUAAGGACGUGCUGGUAGAAGGAUUUCACUCGACGGUGGGACGCGCACUGGUUGAUGCUGUAAAAGAGGCACUUAAGCGGGCAGAUCACAACGCCGCUGAGACUGCCAGACGUCAAGCUGAAGAAAAAACAAAAGCGGAGGCUAAGGCGAAUAGGCAGGCAGUAGCCCGAGCAAAGGAUACAGCUAUAAGCGAGCCGCUGCUUAUAUGUAAGCCAUUUGGCUUGGAUACGGUGCAACAGAAGGCGACCAAGGGGGAGAGUGAAAACGACACUUUUGAAAUUGCGCCCAGCCACGUCGCCGAAGAGCGCAAACCGAAUAAGGCUGUUCUAACAACAGAGGAGGCUCCCGGAACAUGUUGUUACGAACACUCUGCUAUCCAAGCGGAUUCUGCAAGCGAUGCCAGCCCUGAAAAGCAGCCUGCUAUUGCCAAUACUCCUCAGAACACCGGUGCUGAAGGACACGCAGGAGGAUGGAUCAAGCGUAUUGGAGAAUGGUCCUACAUAGCCGUUCGCGGCGGGUGGAUGAGAAGCUACAACGAUGAACAAUAUCAGGCUCUAAUUACCCUGCACCGCGCCCUGCUACAUGAGCAUUAUGACUUCUUCUUUGCAUCCCAACAGCAUCCUUCCGCUCCGGCGGCACUCAAAUACCUUGCAGAAGAGUAUUCCAUGGAGGCAAGGCUAUGGCAGCACGUUGUACACUCCCUCUUUGAGAAGUUUAGCCACCGACUACCUACGUCUCUCGAGUACAUGAAGGCUCUGGCCCUCAUGUCAUACACCAUGUUCGGACUGUUUGAGGAGACCGUCGCGGCAUCUCGCCUGACCUGGAUUGAAUAUCAAGCGGAUGUGGCUCGUUUAAGAAUGUCCAUCGAAGACGACGCUCUUGAACGGCUGCGCUGGAAGGAGAUAUCAAAGGAGUUGUUAAUACGAGCACAUGAAUACAAAGAAAACUACGCCAUCGGUCGCUUCUAUCAUCAUAUUGCCGCUUUAAGCCAGCCGGAUUAUCUGUUGCAGUUUUUCUACUACUUAAAAUCCCUUAAUGUCAAGCAGCCUUUCUUUGACACCCACAGUUCUCUUCUCACCCUUAUCGGAAUCUUCGUGACCCCGUCGAACAAGGAGUCUACGAUUGAAGCACAACACCUCUCUCAGGAUGAGACUAACUUGUUCACGGCCGUCUCCUGCCUGAUCCUCAUUGCGGAGAGUCCCAGUUUGCUUGCCAAAUACGGCUACCACGGUCAGAAGGUGACGCAUUUGCGUACCUUUGACGAGGCACUGGCCAAAAUUGCCGGACUUCCAGAUCAUACCACGGGUCACCCGUCUGUAGUCGAGUGUAUUGCGCAGCGCCGGUUUACAUGUCCUGGCGAGGUCGUGGCACAACGCUCUGCGCGUGCUGAACGCUACACUGUUCGCCCUAGCCCCGAGCUCGCCCUCAUGUUAUGCCAGUUGCUAUUUUUGGAUCCUUAUUAUGGCGACGAACAAUGCUUAGUAACGACAGCUUGGGCCCAGGACCUCGCGGAAUCCAGAUGGUCCGCUGAUAUCGCAGUCCAUAACCAAGGAGAUGGCGAUUUUACAGUAGUUGACAGGGCGGCCAGCCUGCUUGGAGUCGUUGUUACUAGCGUCCUGACUCAGCCAGACACACAGGACCUCAAGUUUUGGGAGUUUGUCCACGUGCUCCUGAUCUUCAUGCGCGCCCUCCAAGCUCGGCCAAAGCUGAAGGCACGCUGCGGUUACGCAUUCCACCCAGAGCUCUUAGCGCCGCUGCUUAACGUGCUCCUGCGUCAUUUUGAGAAAAAGGGAGGCAGCGAUUGGAAGUCAAUAUUCCAACCGGAAUUUCCUGUUAUGUUCUCAACCCUCAACAAGCAAGACCAACCAGGAGAUUACGGCAGAAGUAAUAGAUACGCUGACUGGGAGGUCUAUGUGCUCGAGCAGAGGGAAAAGGCCAAGCGACUCGAGACUGAAGCACCCACAGCUGCAACUGUGCCUGAUGUGGAAACAUCUGUCGCCACUGUUAUAACCCAGCACCGUAACGAGCUUGAAAUCAACGCGAAGAAAGUUGGAACUGACAGUGCCAACACUGAUUCUGCCGAGACAAAAUUCGGCCAAACUACCAAGAAAGAGCUCAAAAUCGAAGUCCCUCCGCACAAACACGUCGUAUCCAAGGUCAGCUUAGGUAAUGAGGGAUGCAGCGGGGAACGGCUCUACACGUGCCCACUUCCAGAGGAUUUCGUGAUUCGUGGGUUUUCCUUCGCCAGAAGUACACCUUGUCCCCCUCAGCCGGAGGAAAGCCCAAGCGAAGAGCAGCUUAAGAAGCAGACGGCGAGGGAGAAAUGGAUGAAAGAGGGUCUUGCCCGUCGAACCCUGACGCAAACCAGAUUAAAUAACAGGAAUAGGAAGCAGCAGCAAAAAAAAUGGAAGCGUGCCGAGCGAGAGGCGGCAAAAUGCUCCGAAGCUGACAGAGAGAAUGCUCUAGCGGAGACCACCAAAGACACAAUCUCGGCCAGUGAACCUGCCUCUGAAGUUUCCAUAGACGUGUUCGAGGCCACUGAUUUGGCUUUGCUGAAUACGAAGGACAUUACUGCCGAGGAUUCCAUGUACGAGCCAAUUAGUACACAAAAAGACUGCGAGAUGUCAGUUAGUGAAGUGGAAAUCGGGUGUCCCGAGUACACGGGGGUCAGCGAGAUUUUCGAGCAGGAAGACUUCCUACCAAACGACACAAGCGUGAGAACUACCUCCGAGAAAGCAGAGCAAAAAGUUGUCGACGAAGUCACUCUCCCUGAUUAUAUUGAAGAUGCAGAGACAGAAAAGGUUUCUCUUGAUUUUGAUCCAUAUUUCUUCCCAAUGGGCUAUUUCGACAAUUCUAAAUUCGACGACGCAGAAAAAGUAGUGCGCCAUGAGUCCGUCCAAGACGUCGACACUGUUCACUACCGCGAAGUCCGAAUCCUGUGGAUUUCGAUGAUGCUAACAGGGAUAAUGGACAACGAAUCUAGCUUCUUCUCUCGCGCUUCCGACACGGACGGCCAUGCUAUUUUGAGUGUAUACGGAGGCUUGUCUGCGCUAGAGCCCGAGUUCGAUGCCAAGAUGCCAGUACGCGUAACGCACGAGGGAGGCGUCGAGGUCGUUUAUGUCGACCCCACACUCUUGGAGCAAAAGACGAAAGCGACCGAGGACAUCCCGCUAGUGAGCCAGCCUAAAGACGCAGUCGAGCAGCCAAACGAGCCCGCCUACCAAGCUGGCACCAACGUGCCACAGAAGACUGUCACUCCUUGGAUGAUUGUUUUGCCCGAAGAUUACGACAGGAUCUCGAUUCGGAAGAGAAAAAUGUGGACGAGGGGUUCAUGCUUAGGGGCCGGACCUAGUAGUGACCCCCAAGGUAUCCGGCACCGGAGCACAGCUGACCGGAAUAGCACUUACCAUGUUUACCGCGGAGAUCGCCAAGAAGAGAAAAGGGGGCCAAACAUCUAUAUAGGCCGAAGAGGAGCAAGGUAUUGUGUGGAAAUUGAAGGAGGCUUAGAAGGGGGACGAUACUUGGGAGUGGUUUACUAA